AAGGAAUGAAUCAGAAAAUCUGCACCCACACAUACAGCACAAACAGAGAAGUCAAGAAGUAAAUGAUCGACAUGAUGACGUUUGCUGUACAAAUUUAAAAGAAGUACCCAUGGAUCUCAGUGAGGAGGAGUCAGUCCCUCUGGUGAUCAGAGACUGGGGAGGAAGCUUGAGGUCCAGUUCUAGCAAUGGUCCCAGUUUACAAGUACACCUCUACUUCCUACCAGCCACAAAGGAUGCAACAACAAUACACAUCUCAUGUGGCCAAAUUUCUGCUGAAAAUGUCUGCAUACAAGCAGGCAAAAAAUGUGGAAUCUUACCAGUGUACCAAAGUGUUUUUGGUUUGGCAUCUGCCGAUCUCUCAUUUUGGUAUCCUCCAUCCCACAUGUUCAACACAGAAGAAAACUUACAAGUUCACUUUAGAGUCAGGUUUUUCUUUGGAAACUGGUUUGGACAAGGAACAUCUUACCGCUACAGUUUGACCAAGGACAGAAUCAGUCCAGUGCUUGACAGCGGUGUCAUAGAUUAUCUCUUUACUCAGUUGCGAAGUGACUUUAUUGCGAGUGAGGCAGGAGUGUGUCCACCUCUGAGUGCUCAAGAGGAAUGCCUUGGCCUUGCUGUGUUGGAUCUGUUGAGGAUGGCUAAAGAGCGCCAUCAGAGUGUAAGAGAGCUCUGCAAGACUGUCAGCUACAAAUCAUGCCUUCCUAUGUCACAUCGCCAUGACAUCCAGAGACGAAACCGCCUCGAUCGUUAUCGAAUCAGAAACACCCUCAAGCGUUUCUUAAAGAAGCUUGGCAACUGCUCGGUAGAUGAAGCUAGCUUGAAGCUGAAGUACCUGAUUGAACUUGCUGGCAUCGUGCCCUCUCUGGGAAGCGAAACCUUCCAAGUGAAUCCUUCUUCCUCCCAUUCACAGUCAACUUUCUCUCUCGUAAGGGUCACUUGGGAAAGUGGAAUUGAAACCAGUGGAAGUUGUCAUCCCGAUGGUGUCCUGUGGCACACCUUCUGCGAUUUCAAAGAAAUCAUUGACAUUGGUAUAAAGAGGGUAUGCCAUGAGCAAGUUCCCCAAGACAGCAGGAUGGUGACAAUAACUCGUAAAGAUGAGAGAUGCUUGGAAGCCAACUUCAAGAGUCUCAAGGAAGCACUUUCAUUUGUGUCUCUUGUUGAUGGCUACUUCCGACUGAUCACAGACUCUAGCCACUACUUCUGUCAAAACAUUGCCCCUCCAAGUGUUCUGGAGGGGAUCAAAAACCAUUGUCAUGGCCCAAUCACAUCAGAGUUUGCCGUCAACAAGUUGAAAAAGUCAGGAUUUAAAGGCGGGACGUUCCUUCUCCGGCAGAGUCCCAAGAACUACGACAACUUCUUCCUCACUGUUUGUGUUCAGACUCCACUCGGACUUGACUAUAAAGACUGUCUCAUUAUUAAGAAUGAGCACUACAAUCUUCCUGGAGUCCAGAAAUCAUUUACCAGCUUGAAAGAGCUCACCAGCUUUUACCAACACAACAAGCUUCUACUGUCAGAAGUACCUGUCAAGUUGGCCCACUGCUGUCCACCCAAAUACAAAGAGCUCACUAAUCUGAUCAUCAUACGCAACAGCACCUCUGUAGAAGCUCAAGGGUCUCCAACACCUCAAAGGAACAAAUUCAGUCACAUCCAAUUUCAUAUGAUCAAAUAUGAAGACCUGAAAUGGGGUGAAAGCUUAGGACAGGGUUCCUUCACCCGCAAUUUCAAAGGCUACAAAACAGACAUUCGCGAUGGGGAGAAUUACGUGACGCCUGUUUUCCUGAAAGAGCUCGACAUUGCACAUAAAAACUGCUGGGAGUCAUUCUUUGAAGCUGCCAGUUUGAUGAGUCAGAUUUCACAGAAACACCUCCUCCUUGUCUAUGGUGUUAGUGUUCAUGGAGUCAAAAACAUCAUGGUGCAGGAGUUUGUUGAGUGCGGCGCCCUUGACCUUUACUUGAAGAGGAGGAGAUCUGUGUCAGUGAGCUGGAAACUUGACGUAGCCAAACAGCUUGCGUCUGCCCUCAACUUUCUCGAAGAAAAGAACAUUGUUCAUGGGAAUAUUUGCGCCAAAAAUCUGCUGCUGGCCAGAGAGGAUGACCCAUCGCAGGGAAGUUCUCCGUUCGUCAAGCUGAGCGACCCGGGCAUCAGUGUGGCCAUGCUGGGCAAGGACGUGAUUCUGGACAGGAUCCCCUGGGUGGCCCCUGAGCUGCUGGAUGCCCCGGACAACCUGACUCUUGAUUGUGAUAAGUGGAGUUUUGGUGCCACUGUGUGGGAAAUCUUCAACAGUGGGGACACUCCGCUGCGAGGGUGGGACUUGGACAAGAAGCGACAGUUUUAUGAGAGCUACCAACAGCUGCCUCCCUCCCAGUGGACAGAGCUAGCUGAUCUUGUCAGUCAGUGUAUGGACUACCAGGCAGACUUCAGACCCUCCUGUCGGAGUAUCAUCCGACAACUCAACAGUCUGAUCACUUCAGACUAUGUUAUACUUCACGCCACUGAGCCCAUCGCAAACAGCCCUGUGCCGAGAACCUCAACCCCUGCUCAACAGGAGCAGAUAUUGUUUGAGGAGAGACACCUACGCUUCAUCUCCUCUCUGGGGAAAGGAAACUUUGGCAGCGUUGAACUUUGCCGUUAUGACCCACUGGGCGAUAACACCGGUGAGCUGGUAGCUGUGAAAAAGCUGCAGCCCAACAAGAAGUCAACCCUGGAGGACUUCAAGAAGGAAGUCAACAUCCUCAGCAUUUUUGAGUGCGACUACAUUGUCAAGUACAAGGGAGUCUGCUACAGCCCAGGACGCCUCAGUAUGAGUUUGGUGAUGGAGUACCUGCCGUACGGCAGCCUUAUUGGCUACUUGGAGAGUUACCGACAUGUCAACACCAGACGGAUGCUGCUUUUUGCUUCUCAGAUCUGUAAGGGGAUGGAGUACCUGCAGACCCUGCGUUAUGUGCACCGAGACCUCGCAGCCAGAAAUAUCCUUGUGGCCAGCGAGUCGCUGGUGAAAAUCGCAGAUUUUGGGCUGACCAAGAUUAUUCCUUUUGACAAGGAGUACUACCGAGUCAUGCAGCCUGGAGAGAGCCCAAUUUUUUGGUACGCUCCGGAGUCCAUCAACGAAUUCAUAUUUUCCCACAAGUCAGAUGUCUGGAGUUUUGGAGUCGUUCUUCACGAGCUUUUCUACUAUUGCGACACAAACUACAACCCUAAGAGGCUAUGUAGACAGGAGAUUGGAAACUAUGUGCAGAGUCAAUCAAUUUCAAUGCAUCUGGUAAAUAUUCUGAAGAACAACUGGAGGUUGCCGGCUCCUCCAAACUGCCCUCCCAAGGUGUACUGUUUGAUGAAGCAGUGCUGGGCGUACGACUUCAAGGAGCGACCAUGUUUCUCCAGCUUGGGGAAACAAAUUGAAAGUAUCAUGGAGGAAGAGAGAGAGCCCUAAAGACUGAGGGGAGCCCUGUUGCAUGUAACAGUCUUCCACUCAGCAGUGGACAAUAUCUAGUUAUGUUUGCAUUCACUUACUGACUUGUUAGUGACCGACAUAUAGGCCACUCCCUAAACACACAGGUAAAGCUCACUAUAUUGCUUUUUCCCAGUCUUAUAAUGUUCAAAGACCAGUGAUGGAAUUUAAACCUAUUUACUCAAGUACUGGACUUAAGUACAAAUUCGAGGUAGUGUACUUGUACUUAACUGUAGUAUUCCAUGUCAUACAACUUUAAACUUCUACUCCACUACAUCUCUGUAGUGUACUUUUUACUUCACUACAUUCCUUUGCCUGCUUUAGUUACAAUACACAAUCAUACACUUCCUGUACAGUAAAAACAAAAACAACUGAUAACUAUGAUAAACUGAAGGGGUUAAGUAUUCCUUUAUGUGUUGAGAAGAAGGUCCUAUUUCUUAAAAAAAUCCUCUUGGAUCAGGGUAAAAAUGCAUUUUCACAAAGCUGAAAACAGGGCUGUCUUUCUACGCUCAUGAACUUUGAGAUACCAGGCUCUUACAAGACAGCCUCGCCACAAACACAUGAUGAUCUUAUAGAAUAUGAUGCAGUGCUGUAGAUUAAUCUAGCCAACAGUAUUUAAAGGAGUCAAAAAGCAGUAAAAAGCAACAUGUUAGUUAAACCCUGACAGGUAACAACUUUCUGCACAAUGAGUACUUUUGAUAUUUUAGGAUGAGUUGUGGAUGAGAAUGUGGUGGCCUGGCCGAAAAAUAGGACAUCCUAAUUAUUAGAGGCAGAUCAAAAGUAGACAUAGCAUGAAUGUAACUUCAGUUCUGUGAGUACAUGUGGUACAUACAAAAUAAACAUUUAUUAUUCACAGUGAUAAAAAUAAAAACUCUCCCUUACCACAGUUUAGGUCAUACUGCUAACCUGCUAGGCAGCUACUUAAUUUCAUCUGUCUGGAACAUUUCAUGUUUUAUUAUAGUUGCAUAUAUAUUAUGUUCAUAACAAAUAGUACUUUUAAGUAUAGAACAAAAUCUGUACUGCCUCAACGCUCAAAUCAUAUUUCUACAGAAUGAAGAAUUAUGAAAUUGUUUUCAACAACAGUAUUUAACUAAAACUCCUCAUGCCAGAAUUAAAUGAUCAUUAUUGAAUACUGUAUGAUUUAGAAAACCCAAGCCACACUGAACUGGGCACUGCAAAGCAUGUAUAAGACGAAAUGUAUUACUUUUACAUUUGUCUUAAAGAGUCUAAGGUCAAAGUAUUCCAGAAACUGAAAACAGAUUUAAGGCUUUGUUUUGUAUAUCUUUAAUGAAAAUGUAUUGAAAAAAGUAUUUUUUUGCUUUCAUACUGUGGUAGUUUAGUGUCACUGAAUCAUUUGUUUUUUUGUUAUUUUGUAAGUCUUAUUUACAUCCAUAACUGUGUUUAAAAUAAAGCAAUUUUGUGGAAGAAACUUUUGUAAAUGUUUAUUGAAAACAUUGAAUCCAGUUCUCCCUUAAUCCCUAAGAACUGAUACGUCUUAAUUAAAUAGCUGACAAACAAAAGAUGAAUAAAUCAUUUGUUUUCACAUGUUGUGUGGCUCUAGGAAUGGUAUCUUGGUUGGUCGGUCCGCCACUUUGGUCCAGUGUUAUGUGCCGUGUUACUCUUUCUCUGUGCUCUCUCUCUGCUUUCUCUCCUCAGUCUCCA